AUGUCCAAGCUCCUAGUCGUCAUUGGCAUCACAGGCCAGCAGGGUGGCUCCGUCGCAGAGCUCUACGCCAAAGAAGCCGGCUGGAAAGUCCGUGGCAUAUCCCGCGACCCAUCCAAAGCCGAGUCCUGGACCGCCAAAGGCGUCGAAGUUGUCAAAGCCGACCUCAACGAUACAGAGUCGCUCGUAGCAGCAUUCAAAGGCGCCAAUGCCAUUUUCUCCAACACUGAUUUCUGGAAUCAGUUCUAUAAUCCUGCAACUCAAGAGAAACUCAAGCCAGGACAAUCGAUCAACGAGUAUUGCUACGACGUCGAGUUGCAGCAGGGCAAAAAUGUCGCUGAUGCGGCUGCUACUGUGGAAGCUUUAGAUCGGUUGAUCAUGUCGUCUGUGUGCAAUGUCAAGAAGUUGAGCAAAGGGAAGUACACCUGGGUUUACCAUUUUGACGCCAAGGCGAACGCCGUGGAGUAUAUUCAAGAAAAGUACCCGAAGCUGGCGGCGAAGAUGUCGAUCGUGCAGAUCGGAGUAUAUAUGAACAACUGGAAAUACAACAAGCCCACAAAACAAGCCGACGGCACCUACCGUUUCUCCAUCGUCGGCUCCGGCAGAACACCGUUACCCCACUUCGACACCGAGAAAGACACCGGCUACGUAGUCCACGCAGCGCUUCAAUCGCCUCCGGGGAAGAAUGUCUUAGCGGCAGGCAGCAUGCUUUCCUGGAGCGACUAUGCCAAAGUGUGGUGCGAGGUCAAUAAAGUUCCGUUCGGUGGUUACGACGAGAUCCCGAUCCAAACCUAUGAGAAGCACAUUCCCGUGCCAGGCCUGGGCAAAGAGUGGGGGGAGAUGUUCUUGUUUAUGGAUGAAUUUGGUUACACGGGUGGUGAAGAGGGUGUGGUGCACGCUCAAGAUCUCGGCGUUCCGUGCCCGUUGACUACGUGGAAGGAGUAUAUCAUGAAAAAUGAUGUUUGGGCUGAUGUUCUCUGA